AUGACAACUGCAUCAUCAGACCUUCCCACCAUGGUUGAGGUUCUCGACGAACAGCGCCCCCUCAACGAAAUCCCCGUUUCUCCUCCCAACGGCGCGAGCGAUGAUGAUGCAGAUGAAGCCGGCGCCUCUGAUGCCAACAGCAAGGAACAGUUGACAGUAUUCCAUUCCCCCGAAAACUUCAAUGUCAAGCACCCUUUGAUGAAUAAAUGGACUCUCUGGUUCACCAAGCCACCGAGCCCAAAGGGUGAGAACAACUGGAACGAUCUUUUGAAGGAGGUGGUCACUUUUGACUCUGUGGAGGAAUUUUGGGGUAUCUACAACAACAUUGCCAAAACAUCUGAGCUUGCCCUAAAAUCCGACUACCACCUAUUUAAAGCCGGUGUCCGUCCAGAGUGGGAAGACCCCCAAAACAAGAACGGCGGCAAAUGGUCCUACCAGUUCAAGGAAAAGCGUGCCGUCCCCAUUGAUGAGCUCUGGCUACACGUAAUGCUUGCCGCCAUCGGUGAGACCCUCGAAGCCGAAGACGACAAGGAGAUUAUGGGUGUCGUUGUCAACGUUCGCAAGGCCUUCUUCAGGAUCGGUGUGUGGACAAAGUCUUCCGGUGGCGGAAAGACGGCCCCCUCCAGGGAGUCUCUUAUGGAGAUUGGAAGGAAGUUUAAGGAGGUAUUGAGGUUGAAUACGAACGAGCACUGCGAGUUCUCGGGCCACACCGAGAGUGCGCACUCUGGGAGCACUAGGGCAAAAGCAAAAUUCGUCGUUUAA